AACUUUGGACCCUCUUCAUUCAAUCCUUUUUAUUACUAAAUCCUCACCAACUCUUCUAUUCUUGGGAUUUUACGCCAACGUAUCGUCGUGGCGUUUGUCCCCUGUUUUUUUCAACUCUCUUCAUCCCUCACAUUUCCUUCCCCAAAACGAAAAACGAAGGUAUACAAGUCAAUGUAAGGCAAAAAGGCCCGAUAGUAAGCUCAUGCAAUCAAAACUCGUCAUUUCUAUUGAAGCCUGCCUUAUCUGCUUAGACACCAUUUCCACGUUGUAGCUUGCAAUGGUAAUGGGCACGCACAUAGCUAGGCUUGUGCGCAUGCCAAAUCCCUCGUUAUUUCUUGCACUUGUUCUUUUCUUAUCGUUGGUCCACUAUACAUGCGGGGCUGGUGGUGAUACGGAGACUGAGAGCCUCUUGACGUUUAAGGACUCGUUAACAAUCUCAUCGUCUCUUAACAAUUGGAAUGCUUCCGUUCCACCAUGUAUAGGAGAUAUAGGGAAUUGGGUUGGUGUUCUUUGCCAUGACAGUAAAGUUAUCGGUUUGCAACUUGAAAACAUGGGUCUAGCAGGGACGGUGAAUAUUGAAAGUCUCGGGGCAUUGCAUGAAUUGCGCAGUUUAAGUCUCAUGAACAACAAUUUUGAUGGUAAAUUACCUGAUGUGAAGAAUUUAAGUAUGUUGAAGGCUUUGUAUUUGUCAAACAAUCGUCUUUCUGGGGAGAUUUCCGAUGAAGAGUUCCAAGGGAUGCUAUCCUUGAAGAGAGUGUUUUUGGCAAAUAAUGCUUUUACUGGUAAAGUUCCUAAAUCGCUAAUCACCUUGCCUAAGCUAGCCAUUCUGAAAUUGGAGGGGAACCAAUUUAGUGGCGUAAUACCUGAAUUUUAUGGGAAGGAAUUGAAGGUGGUGAACCUGGCUAACAAUCAAUUUGAGGGGCCUAUUCCUGAAAGCUUAAGCAAAAUGAGUGCAAACAUGUUCUCAGGGAACAAAAAUCUAUGCGGGCCACCUCUCAAAGCAUGCGGCAUGAGCCCUCCGCCUAGUUCGCCACCUAGUCCUAGCGGCCCUCCACACAGCCCCCUUGUACCCACGGUUAAAAAGUCAUCGACUGCUCUAACGAUUGCCCUCAUUGUGGUGUCUGUAGUUUUACUGGCGAUUAUUGCAUUACUUGUUUUUUGUCUCGUCCGGAGGAGAGGAAGAUCAAUAUCAUCAGAGGAGGAAGCAUUUGUUAAUGAGUCAACUAAGCCGCCAGCAAGCGAUGAAGGGGGAAAGAAAGUUCCAGAGACUUCUACUACUAUUCAUGUGAAAAGGUCUGAGCUAAUAUUCUUGAAUGAGGAUGUCCAAAGGUUUGAUUUACAGGAUCUGUUAAGAGCCUCAGCUGAGAUUCUUGGUAGUGGGAAUUUUGGUGCUUCAUAUAAGGCUAUCAUAGGGAAAGGUGAAGCAGUGGUGGUGAAGAACUAUAAGCAAAUGAAUAACGUUGGCAGGGAAGAUUUCCAUGAACAUAUGAGAAGAUUAGGAAGGCUAAGCCAUCAGAACCUACUACCUGUAUUGGCAUAUUACUAUAGGAAAGAGGAAAAGUUAUUGGUUUCCAAGUUCGUAGUUGAUGGUAGCUUGGCCAGUCACCUUCAUGCCAACCGCUCUGAAGAGAAACCUGGUCUUGAUUGGCAAACUCGGUUGAAGAUCAUAAGAGGUGUUGUGAAGGGUUUGGCAUAUCUCUACAACGAGCUUCCUACCCUAGUUGUUCCACACGGUCAUCUGAAAUCUUCCAAUGUGCUCCUGGACAUGAACUUCGAGCCAUUUUUAUGUGACUACGCAUUGAGGUCGGUGAUAAACCAAGAGCAAGCUCACUCGCUGAUGACUGCUUACAAAUCACCAGAGUAUGCGAUGAAUGGCCGCAUAAGUAGGAAAACCGAUGUCUGGUGCCUGGGAAUACUCAUCUUGGAAAUCUUAACGGGUAGGUUCCCAGAAAACUAUCUGACGCCAAGUUACGACAGCAAAACGAAUUUAGCGACGUGGGUGAACAAGAUGGUGAAGGAGAAGAAGAUCAGUGAAGUGUUCGACACGGAGAUGCAAGGAACGAAGAACUGUAAAGGUGAGAUGAUAAGCCUAUUGAAGAUCGGGUUAAGUUGUUGCGAAGAAGAUGCGGAGGCAAGACCAGAGCUGAAGGAAGUAGUGAAAGAGAUUGAAGAGUUGAGAGAGGAAGAUGAUGAUGACGACGUCUCUUCCACCAUAGGCGAAGUGAAUGCAGUUAUCUCUGGGGAAAACGGUUUUAAGGAUGAGGAAUCCUUCUUCAGUCGUUGAGCUGUGAGAUGAUGAAGGGGAGCAAGCACACCUUGAUGAAUGUAAGAAUGGAUAACCCAGCUAUGUCUUCAUGAACAACAUCAUGGUCCGCGGGGAGCUAGCUUUCUCCAUAUGUAAACAAUGAAAACUUGGCUGGGCUGUAACUCCAGACAUGAAGCCUUCAUACAUUUCUAACAUGGUGAAGAAACCCGAAAAAAAGAAAAGCAAAUAUUUGAUAGAGAAUUCUUUUAAAUGGAAAAAGAAAAAAAAAUACAAAUACAAAUAUUUGUUCCUAGCUUUUUAUUUGUUAUAUUAGUUAUUCUAAUAACUUUCUCCAAUAAUUUC